AUGCACAUAAACAACCACGACAUCAACUCGAGAACACCCCUGCCUCGGCUCGAGUCAAUGUAUCACCUCGCAACAAAAAAGGCAAUCACCAUCGACACAACGCAAGGCAUCCCUCCUCCUCCGACUCACAGCCUCGAUUCUGUACAGCCUCUUCUACCUUCCUGGUACGAAAGGCCUUGCCACUGUCUCCAAUCCCCAGCGCCGACAGGAGCAGAUCUUAGGUGCGCGCACACGCAACGAACAGUCCCUCCCGGCCAUCCAGCCAGCAGGUCCAGUCCAGCCAAUCCGUCAGUCGCCUUUCCAACAUAUGUCCUGUCUACGCUACUUACGCGAGCGAGCCGCAUGCAGCACCAGGCAAACGGGUGGGCGUUCUACGCAAGCGGGAACAAAGGAUGCAGGAGCAGCAGCAGCAGCAGGAGGAGGAGGAGGAGGCAGGCAGGAAGCAAGAGAGCCAGCCCCUCCUCAUGGCCCUCAUCACCUCUUUCCUCUCAUCUUUACUCGCUCCUGUCCUCACGAGCCGGACAGGGGACCAGAGCUUCGUCCCUCCUCCCGUUUCCAUUCGUCGAAUUCCAGUGGGCCCAAUCAUCGCUCAUCGCCAUGUGGUCCCCUUCUCCUUCUCCUUCCCUUCGCCUGCCCCCUCCCCCUCCCCCUCCCGUCCAGGGCCCUCGCCUCUCGCCCUCCCUCCCUCCCUCUCGAGCCUCGAUGGGCGCCCGGCGCGGGCCAUCGAGACGAGCACGCGAGGUCGGGGAACUCUGGAAGGGAAGGUCCACUGAGCUCACAACCGUCUACCUCGAGCCCGGUCAGUCUUCGGGCGCCGCGACUUCGGCGCAUACGCCAAGCGCGUACGCCCGAGUUUCGAUACACCUGGAGUCCCAAGAUUCCGCCCUUUUCCACGCGAAUCUCCCGCAGUUUCUUGGAUUCUGCUCCGCGAAACUCGUUACAGUUUCUGGCCUGCAAGGGCCGGCGAAUCCAACUUCCCUUUCCACGGGGCCUCCGACUUGUUCUUUGUCUGCUCGAUCCACGGUGUUUGAUAUGGAAGUCACGCCUUUGAUCCGCUGGACAAUCCGCUCUCCGCCUCCCGUGCAGCUGCGCUCCUCACCGUCCCUUCCGGUUAAAGCCCCCGCUCGCGUCGCUGCUCCCGGUUCCAUGCCCCAUUUCUGUCACCGAGUUCAUUCGGAACGAGCUCCACAACAUCAACGAAUUCAUAUCCAACAAAUCGUAACGUCGACUGUGAAGGAGCGCACAUUUCGUCCGACCGUCAUACCAAUCCACGCUCGAUUUCCUGUGACAAUCUGA